CAAAAAACUAUACAAAUAAUUAAUACAAUAAUGCUUUCAAUGGUAGGAAUACUCAGUUCAGGUGACAUUCCGGGAGCAGUGGAAUGACAAUCGACUCCAGUUUGACGACAUGCAGGGAAAGAUCCAGUACCUGGUGCUCACUGACCCCAACCGCAUCUGGAAACCCGACCUAUUCUUCAGCAAUGAAAAGAAGGGUCACUUUCACGAGAUAAUUAUGCCAAACGUGUUGCUCCGUAUAUACCCCAAUGGGAACGUCCUGUUUUCCAUACGUAUCUCAUUAGUACUUUCGUGUCCAAUGGAUCUCAAAUACUACCCGUUAGACAGACAGACCUGUUCAAUACAAAUGGCCAAUGGUUAUACAACCGAUGACUUGGUGUUCAUGUGGAAAGAGGGUGAUCCCGUACAGGUGACCAAAAAUCUUAAUUUGCCACGAUUUACGUUACAAAAAUAUCUGACAAAAUACUGCACCAGUAGGACUAAUACAGGUGAAUACAGUUGUCUAAAAGUGGACCUGCUAUUCAAGCGGGAGUUCAGCUACUACCUGAUCCAGAUCUACAUCCCGUGUACCAUGCUCAUAUUCGUAUCGUGGGUGUCAUUCUGGUUGGACCCUAACGCCACGGUGGCCCGGGUGUCGCUCGGGGUCACUACCCUCCUAUCGAUGGCCACCCAAAUCUCGGGCAUCAACGCCUCCCAACCCCCUGUCAGCUACACGAAGGCCAUCGACGUGUGGACGGGCGUGUGUCUAACGUUUGUAUUCGGGGCCCUAUUGGAGUUUGCCCUGGUCAAUUACGCCUCCCGGAGCGACGUGCACCAGCAGGCGGCCAAACAACAGCAACAAAUACAGCAACGACAGGCCAAAUGGAGUUUAGAGCAGUCGACCAUCGAGGCUGGAGGUGCCCACGUCGAUGAGGCCAACUACGGACUGCGAGGCGAUGGCUACCGUUCCUGUGAAAUACACGCCAAACCCCACAGACGCAAGAACUGGUGUAAGCGAUGGCUCUCGAAAUUCCCGACCCGUUCCAAGCGAAUCGAUGUCAUCUCCAGAAUAUUCUUCCCCUUUAUGUUCGCGUUAUUCAAUUUGGUGUAUUGGACCACCUAUUUGUUCCGGGACGACCUACAAACUCAAAUCAAAUAGUACCCUAUCUCUACCUCUAUAUACAGUACAGUAGUCCUCACUGUAUAAUACAUACGAAUUAUACAAACCUUGCCACUUAUUAUUUAUUCUGUUAUUUUCUAUUUAAGUUAUUUAAUUGUUAUGGUAUUUAUUUUUAUUGUAAACUACCCUGGUAAAUCUCUCGCUAUGCAUACGAUAUAUCGUAUAGUGUACCACCAGAAAUUAACAAUACUUUA